CGACGCCCCUGUUGCCAUAGAGAUCUUGACGUCCCCGGGUUAGGGUUGAAGGUUUAAAGUAGAAAGAAGGUGUAGCCAGCUAGUUAAGUAGAUUUUGAAUUAGUAAAGGGGUCGUUAUAUUACCAAGUGUGACAGUUGCACCGCUGUCUUCCAAAAUAUGGAUCUGGGCGCUAUUUUGUCGCACAUCGAGGACGGAGACAGCGACGAAAUUGAGAGGCGCCUGCUGCAGUACAAUCAGGAGAAUAGUCGCACCUUCACUUUUGACCAAAAAGAAGAGGACAAACGAGUUAGGCUAUGUCAGGGUUUGCUGACUGUUCUGGGCAGACAAGUUCAGCCUCGCUGCCAGAAGGCCUGCCUGGAGACAUUGCGCAUCUUGUCUCGGGACAAGCGGGUACUUGCACCAGUGGCCACAAGAGAGGGCAUGCUUGUACUGGGCAGACUGGCGGGACUGGAGUCCGCGGACGAGAUUGGGGGCGGCCCAGAAGAUGUACAGGUGUUGGUGGAGGCCCUAAAGUGCCUUUGCAACAUAGUUUUCAAUAGCCAGGAGGCCCAACAGGUGGGAGCCGACAUCCAGAUGGCCCGGGGCCUCUGCCGGCAGCUGCAGAUGGGCCGCGCCUGCUGGCACGAGGUGGAGCUCUUCUCCUUGCGCCUGAUCUUCCUGUUGUCAGCCCUGCGAACUGACGUGCGCGACAGUCUGCGGAGGGAGCUCUCCGCCGUCAGCGUGCUUACCCGAGUGCUAGAGGACACUCUGUGCGUUCGCUGGGUGGGGCCCUAUGAGGUCGCUGCACCCAGCCCCAUGGCUCCUCCCCUCUCAGCUGAGGCGACUGAACGUACCAUGGAGGCUCUGAAGGCCCUGUUUAAUCUCACACUGUCCAGCAGCACUGAAGAGUUGCAGGGGGAGAACUUGCUGGGUUCUGCCCAGUAUAUGGUAGAGGUUUCUGUAGAGAGCGGAAAGAACCCAAGAAUAUGUUUCUGGUGGGAGUGCAUUGGUGCGCCAUUCAGCCUCUGUCCCCCUGCUCGUGUCUCCCCCCUCUCCCUCUCUGGAUGCAGCAAUGCCAUUAACCUGCUGAGCAACAUCACUGUGUCUUGUUUGGACGUGCUGAUUGACGUACCAGUCCAGGAUGGCCAGGCGCAGUAUGAGGGCAGGAACAUGGAGGCAGUGUGGGUGCUGCUGAAGUUCAUGGAGAAGAGGAUAGACAGGGGUGCGAACUAUAAGGAGGGCCUGACGCCGGUGCUCAGCCUGCUGACCGAGAGUUCGCGGCACCACCGAGAGAUCCGGAAAUACAUCAAGGCCCAGGUCCUCCCCCCACUGAAAGAUGUGAAGAACCGGCCCGAGGUGGGAUCCACGGUGCGAAACAAACUGGUGCGCCUCAUGACUCACGUGGACACAAGUGUGAAGCAGAGUGCGGCAGAGUUCCUCUUCGUUCUCUGCAAGGAGAGCGUGGACAGCCUACUGAAGUACACAGGCUACGGGAACGCGGCAGGACUCCUGGCGGCCCGUGGAUUGCUGGCGGGGGGUCGUGGGGAGGGGCAGUACUCUGAGGAUGAAGACUCUGACACGGAUGAGUACAAGUCAGCCAAACGUUUCAUCAAUCCCAUCACCGGCCACAUUGAGGAGCCUAUGCCAAACCCCGUGGAAGACAUGACCGAGGAGCAGAAGGAGUAUGAGGCUGAGAAGCUGGCCAGCAUGUUCGACCAGCUGUCGAGACAGGAGCUGAUAAAACCGAUGGGUGUAAGGCGAGAUGGCACGUUGGCUCCCCUAGAGGAAACAGUCAGCAAAUGCACUGUGGACAGCAGCAGCUCUGACUCAGACUAAAACGGAAAUGCAUGACUCCUCAGUCCUUCCCAUUCUUAAACGCAGUCUCAAAAACAGGAAAUUGGGAAAUAAAACAAAACUGUGUACAUGUCGAUUAGGAAAUGUACCCAAACAGAGGCCUGCAUAUAUGCUGGAAAACUUCACUAUUGGGCAUGAUAGAGAAUGAUUUGAAAUGUUUAAAAAUACCUGUUUUAUGAUCGUUAAUAGACGUGUUGUGAAAAGUAUGAUACAAUAACCAAAGGUCAAAAGAUAUUCUGACCAAAGGUGAAAAGUGAUGUUAUGACUUCGGCCCGACCGAUUUUGGAGACCUUUGGAACGAAAGCAUUCCUGCACAUUAUUUGUAUGUACCUAAAUAGCAGGGGUGGGGUGGGAAAUCAUUUGUUACAGAUUCUUUGAGAUUUAAAAUUGAGUUUCAAUAUCCAUUUAAAUGUAGGUUACUGUAAUUAUAUGGGUCACUUUUGUUCUAAUAUAUUUGCCUAGUUGAACAGCGUGAUUUUAAGAGACCGACGUGUGAGUCUGGCUUGGUGCUGUCAUGAAUGAGCAAGUGUGUUUGCAGAGACUUUUCCACCACCAUCUCAAUUUAAAUCCAGACUUUGCGCAAACUUUUUAUUCUGUUAAGUAAAUGGACAUCUAGACAUGAGUACAGCUUCUUGGUUUUGUGGUCCGGUGCAGUUUCAGUACACUAGAGAAACUAAAUAUGUUUUGAAAUGGUUAAAACUAUAAACUCAAUGCAGAAACAGUUGUAAACCAAACAUGAGACGAUGUGUCGGUCGACGUGUCUGAAUAACAAACCCUGAGAUGCUCAUUUGCACUGUAAAAAUGUUAAUUCAAAAGAAUAAUCAUAAUGAACUUCUGAAAUUAUGUUCUCUACUACCAUAAGAAAUUUACAAACGAGAGGAGGCCAUUCAGCCCAUCAGGCUCGUUUGGGGAGACCUUAAUAGCUCAAGUAUGGUUUGCGUAUCUGUAGCGUUAAACACUCGUAUAAGCUUGUAUAAGAAAUGUAUUAUUAGUUUUGUUGCUAUUCUGAACUGAAAAUGAUGUAACCAAUUGGCACACAAAUACAACCCUUUAAAUGCUAUUCAGCAAACACUAUUAAAAAAAUUGCGAUACAUAUCGAAUGGCAAAUAUCGAUAUACUACUGAUUGAGGACAGAUCUGCCACUUGCCACCUCUAUGGAAUACUGUUGAAAUUAGCUGUGUAUAGAAAGAAUGAAACAGGAUAUAUAUUGUACACAGCAGCUCAUAAGUCUUGGGAAAAGUGUCUUUUACAAGGGUAAAUGUAAGUAGUUGGUACAUGAAAUCAUGAGGUUCAAUUUAACACUGACUAACCACCACAGGCUUAAAUUCUCAACUGCUCACUCACUCUUACCAAAAAUGUUUGCGUGCGGUACAGUAUAGUGUGUCAUAGAUGGUCAAAUAGAAUUAUUACAAAACAUUAUGUAGUUUUGUUCACAAAACCUUUGUAUGGGCAACUUUUUAUAUAUUGAUUUUGUUUUGCAUGGUUAACCCUGGGUUUGGGAUUUUAUUCUUGUUUUUUCAUAAAAACUGUUUCAGUGCACUGAUAAAGCCCUUUUUAAAAUA